ACUCUCAGCUAGAUAGGACAGACGUGUCCUAAAGCUGUUACAUUUUUUUUCUAUUUCUAUAGACGUUUUACAUUCUCAAUAAAAAAAAAAAGAUAGUUAUUCUCAAAAUAACGAAUAAUGCCCGUUUUCUCCAACGUUAAUCUGAGUUUAAACUCGGUUCAUCCUAUCUCGAAACUAUAUGAAAAAAAUUGAACUGAGUUUGAACCGCAUCGGAGAAAACGGCCAUAAGAAGAUACUCGAUUAUUCUGGUAAGUGACAAAAAGGAGAAAAAGGGUGCAUGCUGUCAAUAGUGACAGUUCGUAUCCAUUGUUGUGCGCUCGAGCACGUACUUCUAUUUUGUUGCUUGUUGCUCGGUAGUAUACUUGGUUAUACAGACGUUACCGAUGGCUUCGUAUAUUACCAUUGUACAUAUUUAAGCUGUCAAGUGUGCAGCCAACUCAAGCAAAAAGGUUAUUGCACAUGCACGUGAUAAUCUUUUUAACGCGUUAUUAAAUCACAAUUGUACCGAAUUAAAUUGUGGAAAGUUGUGUGUAAUAAGAGCGGACAGGUAUUAAACCGAAACUAGAAAACUAUACUUGACACAGCCGUUUGUCAUUGUCUACGAUCGAAUGACCGAUUAGAUCAGUAAUGGAUGUCCUUGCUACCAGUCUCGAAGCUCUCAUCCAGAGAGCGACCAAUUCAUUGAAUGAGAAACCAGAUGUGGCAGCCAUAGAAGCAUUCUGCACAGUGUUAGGUAAAGAAUCUAAGGGGGUUCAAAUAGCUGGCAGACUUUUGGCUGCAUAUAUACAAUCAGCAGUUGAAAAAGAAGCAUUGCAGGCGCUAACUCUACUUGACACUUGCAUGAAGAGGUGUGGCCAUACCUUUCAUGCAGAAAUAGGCAAGUUCCGAUUUCUCAAUGUCAUGAUCAAACUGGUGUCACCUAAAUAUCUGGGUGAUAAAACAGCAUUGGCAGUGCGUCUUAAGAUAUUCCAACUUUUAUCAACUUGGGUCAGAGACUAUCCUAGAGAGGUGAAAAUCAGAGAAACUUACGAAAUGCUCAAGAAACAGGGCAUAAUAAAGGAUGUACCAAUCUCACCAGUGAUUGAUGACACCGAAAUAAUGAGCAAGUCUGUUACCAAAGUGAGGAGUCCCAUUUUUGAAGACGAGGAAACUACAAAAUUGCUGCAGGAAUUGCUUCGAAGCAAAGAUCCUUUUGACCUUAAACUGGCAAAUAAAUUGAUCAAGAGUAUGGUGAAAGAUGAUGAGAAAAGAGUUCAACUAAACUGCCAGAGAAACAUGGAAUUGGAAUCGAUUCGAGUUAAUGUAAAACUGUUAUCAGAAAUGCUUGAAUCAUAUAAUUCUGAGACAAGUAGCACAGAGGACAUUGAAUUAAUGAAAGAGCUUUAUGAUGCCUGCGAACGUCUGAAACCAAUCGUCACAAGGCUAGCUUAUGAGACUCAUGAUGAUGAUAAAACGGUUGGUGGGAUUCGGAAAAUAGGUGAGGUUUUGGCAGCCAACGACGAAUUGACACAGGUAGUUGAAAAAUAUUCAUUGGUAAUGAUGCCGAAACAAGGAUUUUCAUCACAUCUGAACAAUGCUACCACAUCUCUCCUCGAUCUGUCUUCACCAAUCGAUUCGAUCGACACGACUUCGAACGCAAACAAAAAAAGUCACUCUACUGAUUGCACUCUGGACAUACUAAAAUCGGAUAUCGAAUUACUCGGUGAUGUAUUCGGUCCCAUAGAAAAUACUUCCACCAUAGAGGGGCGUUACAACUCUGCAUUUCCUUUUUCUGAUACAACCAUUAUGGAACCCGUUGGUAUCCUCCCAACUUCGAAAACGAAAGAAAGCCUGAAUUCGAGUGGUAAUUUCGACAGUAAGACGCGGGCUCUAGAUGAUUUGAAUCAACUCGGUGAAAUACUGCUAAAAGAAAGUCUUUCACAAAGUAAUGUUAUUAGUCAUUCCCCGAAAAUUAAUGCAAAUUCCUUCAGUAAUGUCAUCAGUAGACCGCUAUUGCUGAAAACUACUUCAUCGAACGCUAAAGUUUGUUCAUCAAUCAACGAAACUCCAUCAUCGUCUUCAAUGACGGCAGAUUUUCAACCAGGCAUAAAUGGUCCCGCUAAUAUUACUGACAAUAACGAAAAACAGUUCGAUUUGAGUGAUUUGUUGAACCACGAGGAUGAUGCGAUGCUCGACGCGUUGUGUUGGUCUUCUAUACAAAAUAUAGACUCAGACUCACAAAUGAAAAACGAAGGGCAGGGAAAGGAGAAAAAUGAAAAUGCCGCCUCUUCAAUGUCGAAUAAUAUUGAUGAAGAAAUAAAGUCUUUAACCGACAUUCGCGUCACCAUCGACAGCAUCAAACCGGGGACAAUUCCACCUCUGACCUUGAUGGAGGAGAAAAAUGGCAUCACGGUUGUACUCCAUUUUGCGAAAGGUAGUCCACGGGCAGAUAUUACAGUUAUUGUCGUUACAACAAUGAGUAAAAACUCCAAACCACUGGGCAAUUACUUAUUUCAGGUAGUAAUAUCAAAGCAUUGCAAAUGUAGACUUGAGUCGCCGUCCGGAACUCAGUUACCAGGGCACAAUCCGUUCCUACCUCCAUCUGCUAUCACGCAGAUUCUGUUGAUCGCUAAUCCACAAAAGAAUCCUGUGUCACUGAAAUUCAUGCUCAGCUACACGAUGGACGAUGAAACUUUUACCGAAAUGGGACAAGUCGACCAAUUGCCCAUGACCUAAUAAACGUUCUUGAUGUGAUUCUUAAAAUAAUUAUUGUUAUUAUCGUUAUUACGAUUAGCGGAAUGAAUACAUUAUGUACAUGAGAUCCAGCCUGUUCAAAGUAUUACCCGCUCGAGCGUUCAUGUAAAUAGCUUAAUUAUGAAAUGAUAAUAAAGUACAAUGACCGAUCAACCGAA